UUCUCAUUAUGUGACGCAUGUGCUUACGUCUAAGUAUAUUCACUCUUAAUUACACGCUUGUUUACAGCGGCCCUCUCUCAUAAAUUCAUAAUCCCCUUUUCUGGCUCUCUCUCUCUCUCUCUCUCUCAAUGACGAGAGGUGUGUCGCUCCUCCCUGCAGGACUCACCGCCGUUAUUGUUCUAGUACUGCUAGUCCAUCAAACUUUCGGCGUUAAGGACGGUGAUCACUGUGCUACUUCCUGCGGCAAUAUCCACAACAUAAGUUCUCCGUUUCGAUUGAGAGACCAGCCAGCAAACUGCGGCAAACCAGAUCACAAUCUGUCAUGUGAGGACGAUCAAACUGUGCUAUACUUAUUUGGCGGAAAAUAUUACGUAGAGGAAAUCAAUUACAGUAACCAAACAAUACGACUUGUGGAAUCGGGUAUUCAGAAGGAUAAUUACUCCUCUAUCCCUCGUUAUUUUCUUAAUUACGACACAUCCGACAAGUAUCCAUAUUUUUUCUCUGAUCGAAACUAUAGUGCGGUGGCUUUUUUGAAGUGUGAAAAACCAAUGAAUUCAGGGAUCUAUCUGAACAAAUCUACUUGCUUUGAGAGUGGAGUGUAUUCCGCGUCCAACUCUACUAAUAAUUUGACCCAAUCCAAGCUGGGGUUUGAUUAUGUUACAUAUGGGUGGACGAAAGCAAGCGAUGUUGUGGAUGAAUCGUGCCAAGUAGAGCAGAUUGUUUGGACAUCGGAGCAAGGCCUAUUACCAGAUGAUGAUGAUGAAAGAAACUUCUCCUGUACAGACUACCACAACAAAUUGGCCUAUGGUUUUCAGCUUGUAUGGGACUACGCCAGUGGACGUUGUCUAAAUUGGUGUGGCAAAGUGGUUGAUUGCAGCGUUGACCCGAAUGGCACAUUAGUCUAUAUAAGCGACGACGGAUCAUGUACUGGACUCCCUAAAGAACUAUUAUACAAAGGAUUCCGCGGCAUACUACGUACUUUAUACAAGGCUAUUCAAGAAAAGUUUUUCCAUCAGAGCGUAUACAAUUAUUAUAAUGAAGGCGAUUAUCAGCUCAGAAGUUAUUUAUAUAGACGUGACAGAGUACUUUCAGUCCAACUAAUGAUCAUCAUUCUCAUCGACUUCGGACUAUACCAUGGAGCAAAAAUUAUACUGGCGACUCCAUUUGUGCUUGCAUUCUUGAUAUAUAAGUGGCGUAGGAGACAUUUAUCAAUGUAUAAUGCCAUUGAAGAAUUUUUGCAAAAACACAAUGAUCUCGUGCCAAUAAGGUACUCUUACUCAGAAGUAAAGAAGAUGACCAAAGGUUUUAAGGAUAAACUGGGUGAAGGUGGUUAUGGCACUGUCUUUAAAGGAACACUUCAAAGUGGCCAACUUGUAGCUGUAAAAAUGUUGGGUAAAUCCAAAGCUAAUGGCCAAGAAUUUAUCAGCGAAGUUGCUACCAUUGGAACGAUUCACCAUGUUAAUAUAGUGCAACUCAUUGGCUUUUGCGUUGAAGGAUCAAAGCGUGCUCUUGUAUAUGAAUUUAUGUCCAACGGAUCUCUCAAUAAAUACAUUUUUUCACAAGAAGGAACUAUUCUUCUAAGCUUUGAAAAAAUGCAUGAUAUUGCUCUUGGAGUAGCUCGUGGCAUUAAAUAUUUACAUGAAGGUUGUGAAAUGCAAAUUUUGCAUUUCGAUAUCAAGCCUCACAACAUUCUUCUCGACGAGAAUCUUACACCUAAGGUCUCAGACUUUGGCUUGGCAAGACUUUUUUCAGUAGAUGAUAGUAUUGUUUCUUUGACUGCUGUAAGGGGGACAUUGGGAUACAUGGCUCCCGAGUUGUGCUAUCAAAAUAUUGGGGGCAUCUCAUACAAAGCCGAUGUAUAUAGUUUUGGAAUGUUAUUGAUGGACAUGACAGGUAGACGAAGGAACUUGAAUACAUUUGCAGAUCAUUCUAGUGAAACCUACUUCCCUACUUGUGUCUAUGAUGAGUUGCACAAUGAAAAUGGUAUAGAAAUAGAAGAUGCCAUCGAGGAGGAAAAGAAAAUGACUAAGAAGAUGAUCAUAGUUGCAUUGUGGUGUAUACAAAUGAAACCUAAUGAUCGUCCUUCAAUGAAAAAAGUCAUAGAAAUGCUUGAAGGAGAUAUUGAAUGUUUACAAAUACCUCCAAAGCCUUUCUCAGCAUUAUCAGAAAGAUACAUACAAUCAGACAUUGAAGAAAGUUCAAAUCAGUCUUGGUCAUCAAUUCAAUCGAGCGAAUUGAGUCAAUAUGCACAAUCGUCAGUGCAAUUUAACUGAUAUGUUAGUUUGUUGAUUUAGUUGCAUAAAAAAGCUAGUCUCCCUAGCUAAGGAUGGCAAUCUUCUCAUACUUCACAAUUCAAAGGUUCUUCAUAUUAUUAUAUAUGUAACAAAUAAGUGUUAGCUUUCCUUCUUCCUAUUGUCAUUUAUUUCUGAAUUCAGUUUGCUUAUGCUAAACUAUUGAAUGGGUUUUUAGUUAAUUUUUGACGAGGUAUGGUGUUAAUAUUGAA